CCCCUGCUGAUGGGCCAGGCAUUUCUGCCCUUGCUGAAGAAGGCUGCCCAGGGGAGCCCAGGCUCAGGGCUGAGCUGCAGCAAGGCUGCCAUCAUCAACAUGUCCAGCAUUGGUGGCUCCAUCACUUCUUGCUUUGGUUGGGAGAUGAUGCAAGUCACCUCAUACCGCUGCAGCAAGGCUGCUCUGAACAUGCUGAGCAAGUGCCAGUCCCUGGCCUACAAGGAGCACCCCCCUGUGACCGUGGAUGACAGCGUGCAAGGGAUGCUGAAGGUCCUCUCCUCCCUCUCUGAGAAGGACACCGGUGCCUUCCUGGACUGGGAAGGGAAUGUCAUCCCCUGGUGAGACACCACUUCAGGAUCCUGGCACCAAGAGGUCCCUUUGGCACUGCUCCCACCUCCCCCACAUCCUCAAUAAACUCCUGCUGAGACCCCCA